CAUCGUUCUUUCUCGCAAUUUACCGUCGAAGACGCCAUUAUCGUUCUCCGAGACAGGGGCCGAGAUUUGGGCAAUAGUUCGAGUUUUGCAGCGCCAAACAUCACCAACACGUGUUUGAAGGUAUUUCUUUCUAUCAGGCACGCGUAUGAAUGAAAAAAGUCAUGGAAAAUGGUCACAUGUACACAGAGAAUGACAACAGAAGAGAACAGCAGUGAUGGAUUGACUUCUGUGUCCACAGCACCACUGGUAGUAGAACACAUGCCACUCACCAUUAGCCAGCUAACAGACAAUUCUCAGCCUGAGGGGGUCAUGGCUUCAGAUAGUGUUCUCACCAUUGCAGUGGAUACAAAUAAUUCUGUACUUCAGGAAUCAUUCUCAGGCAGUGAUCAGGACACUAAAGAAGAACCUCCCAGCAAGAGGACAAGAUAUGACACAGGGAAUGGAGAGUUAUCACAGGACCAGUCUAUCAAGAGUCUCUUGUUUACAAUAAACAAAGCCAUCUGCAUGCGGUUGGAUGGGAUCGAGAACAGUAUAGAAAUUCUGAAUGGUCGAACUAAGUUUCUGGAGGAAAAAUUAGAGGAAUUGAUUGGCCAUGUAAAGGAGAAUUCUACCACAGACCACAGUACCACGCAAACAACUCCAAGUGUUGGAUCUAUAGUACAAGCACAAACCAAGGGUGCUGUCUUGGUAGGACUUUCACAAGGAGGAAAAGUAGAAUCACAGAAUCCAAUGAAUGGAAUGGGAGGAGUAGAGAGUCUACAGAACAUGGGACUUGGGCCCAAUGUGACACUUAUCACACUUAACUCAGAAGAGGAUUUUCCUCAUGGUACCUGGCUUGGAGACGAGACAAAUCCUGAAAUGAGGGUGAGAGUUCCUAUUACUCCAAGUGAUUUGCUGCAUAUUCACUCCAAUUGUCGAACACCAGAGAAAAUGGCACUCACAAUGUUGGAUUAUUUAUUUGAUCGUGAAACUCAGGCUACAUCAAACCUUUCAGGAAUGGGGAAGUAUGGCAAGAAGCAGCUAGACCCAUUAAUGAUCUAUGGCAUCAGGUGCCAUUUAAUCCACAGAUUUAACAUAACAGAAAGUGACUGGCACAGAAUCAAACAAAAUGUUGACUCUAAAUGUCGGACAGCAUUCAGAAGGAAACAGCGAGGAAUGCCCUUAACAGUGAAAGCAUUUCGUGGGAAAGCCACACCUACAUAUGUUCAGAUGAACCCAGCAGAUAAUUCCCUAAGUGAUGAAGAUUCCAUGCAGGACUCAGAACUACACAUCAAUCAUGAUCAGGACCUGAAGCACACUGUAGCAGCCAUGGCAGGGGAUGGACUACCUCCAGGAGAGAUACAAAUCCUACAUGCCACACCUGAACAGAUCUCACAGCUACAACAAGCCCACCAUAUACAGAUCUUACAGGGGGAUCAGGUCAUACAGAUGCCUGUUGGGGUACCGCUUUCUCAGGAAGAUGCACAGAAUAUGCAGGUGGCUGUCUCCAUGCCUCAGCCCACCAGUGUACAGGUUGCCACAGUAACAGACAGUGGGGAGGUUCUACAAAUCCAGCAGUCCUAGCACCCCCUAGCUAAAGUCCCCACCCCCUCAGUAUUGUUGAUCUUGAGGCACUAGAGAUUUAGGGAGUGAUUCCAGCAAACCAUGUGUUUCUUCUAUCUCUUGGUACACACAGUCAGAAUAACCAGUUACAGAGUAGGCACGUCUGAGUAAGAAAGGUAUAGUCCACCUUUGACUGAUAGCAAAGGAUACUGCCAAAGCAGAAGCUUGAAAAUCUUGUACCAGCUGGACGUGAGAUAGAGAGGAAUUCUGUGUGGAUCAUUUCUGUCUUGCCUGUUGUUGUAUGAUGUACUAAUGUUAAUACAAUGCAAUGCACAUACAUGUAUUUGACGUCCCUUUAAAA